GCUUGGGAGGAUUUAUUUGAGGUGGAAUAAUGCUGAAAAGCCUCCUUCCGAUGGGCAUCAGGGAGGCAGACCAGUGCACUGUGCCUGCUGUGUAGAGAGCACAGGCCACUUGUGUGCUCUCUGCAGUUCUUAGGGGAGUCAGAGAACAACCAGGGCUCAAGGGAGAACACAUUCUGAUGCUUAAAGCUGGCGUCUGUAAACCGGGUGGCUCACUUUAAGAGUCACCCCUAAAAUUAACUUCUCAGGGAUUUAUUCGCAAAUACAUUUCUGUUUCUGGGAGCCCAACUUCAAAGACCUAGGAAGUCAACAUCCACAGCACCCGCGUGUGCUGUAGUAACAUCACUUCCGCCUUCUUAGCGGCAACUCUCAGUCCCGGAGGUGAACCAUCUGCAUCAUCUCCAAGCCACCAUGAGCCAUAGCAAGCACAGGUCACAGGAGGUCCACAAUUCUUUAAGGAAAAACAUGAAAAUCAAGUACCGUUCAUCUCAGGUUCUUCAGGAAAAGCAGAAUGACCACCCAAUUUCACAAAUGCAAACAGAACCUCAAAAAAGACCAAAUGAGAUACCCAACACCCAAGACCAAAGACUCUGUUCCUCUAAGAAAACUCGACAAGAUCAGACCACUCUCCUAAUUAAAAUUAUCAACAUCACCUUGGGGGUAAGCCCCGAGGCACACAUGCAUAUUCUCAUCAAUGGGGGGACAGGUCGCUUAUAUGAGGCACUCAACACCCUUGACCCUGUCAAAAGAGAGAUAGAAAGACAGCCAGGCAAAGAAAUGCCGGUGUGUGGCAAAGAAGGAAUAGAAGGGUACAUAAACCUUGGCGUGCCCCUCCGUUGUUUUCCGGAAGGCAGCCAUGUGGUCAUUACCUUUUCCAAAACUGAAAGUGAGGAGAAAGAAGAUAAUGAAGUGUGUGGCCGGUUUGACCAGUCUUCUGCUGAGUGUGUUGUAUUUUACAUUCAUGCAGUCGGGAAUAGGAUCCUGAGGUGCAGGGAACUUGACAAGGAGGGAACCAAAGUCUGUGUGUAUGGCUUCAAAGGAGAGACCAUCAAGGCCACUCUGAGGGAAGAUGGCAGGUUUCAUUCCUUUGUGGAGAGUGACCAUUGGAAACUCAUUCACAAUGAUACCAUCAUAGCAAACACCCAGCUGGUUGAUGUGUUACAGGGUAAGGUCUUUCUGAUUGAGGUUGAAAGAAAGAAAAGCCCUUGGGCGGUAGCAGCAACUCGGAAUUCUGAGUUAGAAGACAGAAACUUCAGUGAGUUAAAAGAAUACAUUGUGAAUUUGUACCCCACACUGACAGCAGAACGUGAGAAAAUGAGAGCAUACAUUAAGGAAGAAAUUGAAAAUAGUAAAGAACGACCUCUUUUUAAAGUCCAUAAGAGGAAGUUCCGGGAACUGACAAAAAGCUCUAUUUUAAGUAAGGUCUUCAAACUUCUUUCACAGUUUAUUGAUUCCACUGGGCUCCUAGUUUGGGACAAUAAUGGAAACAGGGGUAGUGCCACUUGCUUCGUUUUUAGAGGGUUGUACAUUUUCACUUGUCGGCAUGUAUUAAAUGACAUUGUGGGAGAAGGAAGAGAGCCACUCGAGUGUACAGACCUAAUUAGCCAAUGUGUAAGGGUAACAUUUGAUGAUGAAGAUUGUAAAGAGCCAGCCUCAAACUUCAACAGUUGUUUUUGCAUUGAACCUUGGCUUGGCAUAUCUGAUGUAACUCUUGACUACGCUGUCCUGAAACUGAAGGAAAACGGACAACAUGUGCCUGCCGGACUGUAUAAUGGAAUAGCUGUUGUACGUCCCAGGGAGUUGACAUAUAUGAUUGGCUAUCCAAAAGGACAAAGGGUUAUUGAGGGUUGUACAGGGAUCCCUCAAAGUAAACCAAGAGAGGAAAAUCAGCAAUGUGUUCUUGGAACAGAAGCAGCAGGUCAUAGCCAUUCUUUAAAGUACCACCAUAUGUAUACUCAGAGAAGUUUCCAAAAAAUAUUUGACAACCCUAAUGACUUUACCUAUAAUACUUUUUAUUGUGGCUCUUCUGGAUCUCCAGUAUUUGACUGUAAUGGUUCUCUGGUGGCCAUGCAUACUGCUGGGUUCAUUUGUGAGUAUGAAAGAGGAGUUUACAAUAUCAUUGAGUUUGGUACAAGGAUGGAAUCCAUCCUUGAUGAUAUUAAGCAAAAAGAUGAAAUAUGGUAUAAUGAAAAUUGUGUAAAUCAGCAGGAUAUAGAAAUAUACAAUGAAGCCUAUAUAAAUCAGCAGGAUAUAGAAAUGUACAAUGAAGCCUAUAUAAAUCAGCAGGAUAUAGAAAUGUACAAUGAAACCUAUAUAAAUCAGCAAGAUGUAGAAAUGUACAAUGAAGAUUAUAUAAAUCAGCAGGAUAUAGAAAUGCAUAGUGUAGGUUUUUGAGGGCUGGGUAGAAUUUGUUCCCGUUUUCUCUCUUUAAGAGAAUUGGGUUUUCUAUGGAAUGCUUUUCAGGUGCCUGCCCUGAAAAACUUUCUCCCAGAGUCCAGACAAGGCACUUACAAGCAGCAGUGAUGCUGAUUCUAAUCUUAAGGAUAUUAAAUGAGUCAGUGAUGGUGUGCUCUCUCAGUCCAUCUCUUUAUUGUUCUCAGUAAGCUUUCUGAUCUCUCUGCCAUUCUCCCAUGUCUCUUAAGUCUACAGCUUCUUUUCAGCUCUCAUUCUUAGCUCCUCUCUUGUUUGACUUUUCACAUUUCUAACAGGACACUCUUUGCAAUCCUGAGAAAAGUUUCAAAACCCUCAAGGUCAUUGCAUGUUCCUAGAAUAGACCAUAAGGUGGAGAGCUAUUACCAUGGUAACCCAAGGUUCCAAGGUCUCAGGACCAGAGGGAGGGGGCACAGUGCCCAGGGCCCCAAACUCUGAGACAUAGCUUUUUAUCAGCAGACUUGGUAAGUGAAGAAUUGGCAGGCUUUUCUUAGGGUGUUUUGUGUCUGUGUUAGUCUGAGCAAAAGGAACAAAGCAGACUUUAAGUGUCAACAGUAUCAUGGCAAAAUGGAUCUGGCAUAUUUUCUAUAUAUCAAAAUUAUACAACUAAAUGAACAAUCAUCUUCCUGACCACCAACAGAUAUAUGUGCCCAUAAGAUUGAGAUGUAAUCUUGAGGUUACAUAUAUACAUUACAUGAAGAUGCAUUGUAAUGGGAAAUAUAAUAGUGUGACAUAACAAGGUUAUACCAAGAAAUAGCCAAAUCAUUCAAAAGGCAGUAAUUCCAAAACGCCUUAUGUGAUGGUUUCCUCUAUCAAAAUCCUUGGUUCUGAUAGGUUGACCUUUUGAACAUUAGUUAUCACCUGCUGUAUACUCCCAUGGCCUUUUGCUACCAGCAUCUCUCAGUAGUUUUCUAAAGGCAAUAAUACAUUUUUUUUCUGACUUUCAAAGCAUUCACUUUAACUCGAAAAGAAGGCUGGGAAUGUGGCUCACUGGUUGAGCACUUGGCUAGCAUGCAUGAGACUCUGGGAUUAGUACCCAGUGAAAAAUGAAUAUCAGCACUCUAAUCAGUUUCCAAAAUUGUUGUUCUCACCAGCUUUUUAAAACUUGGAAGCCACCUCAAGCCUCACUUAACAGCUCAUACACACUCUUACAGAAAAUUUGGUAUUUCCUAUUCUAAACCUGUAGUUUGCUCUCUCUUCAUAACUGGCAGAGUGAUUCAUGAUUGCUAACAAGAUUUCAAAAUCCUUUGACCAUCUGAAUCUCUUUCCUUUCAUUCCCUCUGUUGCAUCUCCUGCUAGCAGAGGGAGAACUUUCCAGGGUAUCUGCACUUCGCUCCAGCUCAGCAGUCACUAACCCUACUGGGGCAGCUAUGGAGAAUAGUUUGCUUAGCCUCUGUCCCUUUCAACUCAUGAUGUUCAGUGUCUGAAACACCAAAAGCUGAAUCUCAGGCUAACGAGUCCAUCCGGACUAUAAAUCAUAUUUGUCCACACAAGCUGGAGAAGGCGAGAGAUCCAUGUAUGUACAGAUAGCAGUAGAGAAAUGACAAUUGUUAAACACACAGGCUUUUCUCUUCAACAAAAGAAAAUGUUAUCUGUUCACCCUGAAGGCAGGAAUGGUUAUUGUGGAUAUUGUUUAAUAACCUGGAGAUCAUCUGUCUUGUGGCAGCAUAGCGGAAGAUGUCUUCCAUGACUAGAUUUUUAAUUUUUUUUCCCUUUUUAAU